CAUACCAUAACAAUAUCACGUGACCUCCAUGUGUACUGUGACUAAAAUCAGUAAAAAUUGAGUCAAAAUUCUCCUUUUUAAAAUAGCAGUACAGUAGUUUUAAAUGCCUGGUAGAGGUAGAGGUAGAGGAGUAAAGGGGCCUGUCCCUAACCAGCCAGUUUUGUCAGAGAAACAAAGAGAAUUAUUACAAUCUGACAAGCCACCACCACAACAACCAGUUGAGGAUCAGUUUGAAGACCCUCCGACUAAAGACAGUGUCAACGAAGAAGAGACUAGUAAGCCAUCAUCUCUCAUUUCUUCAGAAGAAACCGUAUCUCCUUCAACACAGAAUGGAACUGACGACAAAACCCAGGAUAAUGAAACGCAAGACGAAAAUAAGACAGAAAACAGCGACAAUCCUAAAACUGAGCCCGUUAAUACAUCUAACAUGACCACACCUACCAAAACCACGCCUACUGAGACCACACCCAAUGAUGUGACACCUUCUAAAAGUCCGUCUAAACCGUUGAAUGUUAACGCUCCUGUGUUUGUCCCGAUAUCCCUUGAACAGCCCAGCGUAGGGGGCGGGGCUAGUCUUGAAUUCCCCGGCCCUUUAAUUACGGAGCUAACGCCAGAGGAUAUUUUGAAUCGGUUUCCUCACAAGAGCUCUGGGGAUGUUCCCCUCCUACUCACGGCAGCGACAAUGUUGCUUGACGCGUCCCAUCAUCCGGCGACCUUUGACACUCACCUCUCAAUACUCUGUCACUUAAUAGAGAAGACCACGCCCACCAGCGAUAUACUUGAUGACUUGGUUGAGAUGCUUGUUUUCUGGGGCAUUGGUGACAGUACGUUAAGGUACACGUCCAUCAGAAUGAAUGACUAUCUCUGCAAGUUCUCAAUCAAGGAUUUAUUCCGUCCCAAGCUAUUCACAAAGUUACAGUCGAGAUAUUUAAAUCAAACGGCAAAGAAAUACACAGCCGGUGAUGAUAUGUCUGAACUGAUAGAGACUACACUGUACAUUGCUGAGAUGUUUUAUCGAGUGAGACUAGCCAAUGAUCAGGUGGUGUGGGUUUUGGGUUCAGCGGCCCUAGAGCUCGUGUUUAAGCUCUUGGAUAUCAAAACAAACGAAACAGUCAUCAAAGCUUGUAAUGUUGUCAAGUUAAUAGGGUACUUGUUGAGUUACAAAACUCCAAGAGUUAAAGAGUUUGACCCUGUCGUUAAAUUAGACGCUGCUCUUACUAUACUCAGACUUCAUUCAGUAGAUGAGGCCCUAAGUUCUCAUACUUCGACUGUCAUUCUAAGCGUCAUGACUCUUAGUGGAGUCCGAUGGGGACAAGGAGACAGUCCUUUUGGCAAGCCCAAAGGUGUGGUCCCAGACGAGCCAGUAUCUAAUAUUGAAGAAUGGGAGGAGUAUCUUGACGACAGCGGACAUGUCAUUGAAGGGGAGGACUAUAAUGAGCCAACAGUUUUUAUUGGUGAUCAGUCCGAUCCUAACAUUGAUGAAGAGUUGAUGAGGGAAUAUGAGGACUUUGUUCAGGACUUUGAAGAGCAUUUGAUGAUGCAAGAGUUUGGCCAGUCAUGAUGAAUCAGGAGACAUAAAACACAAACAAGUACUGGAUCAUUGAACACCAUCGUUGCUCUAUUGUUUCAUAUUGUUAUACAUACGUAAUUAAGUUUUUUAAUCAAUAUUCAGAUACACUUAAA